GUUUAAUUUCUGGCUUGUCUGAACAUGGGCAGCAUACUAAAAGAAAAGUGUGAACAGAGGAAAAAAAAAUGAAAAUGGAAAGAGAGGCGGUUUGUCAAGACAAGAUAAAAGUAAGCAAUGAAUAUGGUUGAAAGGCUUUUCUUUUUCUUUUGUCGGGCGUUUAGACUUCCCACCAAUCAAUCGAAAUCAUGCCAAGCUUCACUUAUGACGAAUCCAAAUGCAGAGGCCAAAGCAACUAGUAACAAUUAUUCCUUUCUCCUCAACCGAUCGAUCUUUACUGCUUGUUUUUUUGGUCAAAGGAACAGUUCGGCCAUUAUUGACGAUGUUGGAUCUUCUUAAGUGCGACUGUUAAAGUUAACAGGGUUGCAGAACACAGAUAAUGGUUGGCAUUCUCAUCAGUACAAUUUAUUUCAUUGUUAAUGACUUUGAUGAAGAACACAGGAUUUUAUUGAUUUAAGGUGAACGAUGGAGAUAUUCUUACUUUCUUUUAAGCUUGUAUUAGUUUACUGCUUGGGAAAUCGGGAUAGAAACCAUGCAUGUGAGAAUGGCGCAGCUGUAAUUACUCGGAUUGACUUAAUGGAACCUUGAUGUUUUCUUCAAAUGACUUUGACAGUAUGUGGCUGAGUAAAGCUAGUCUGACAUGUAUACUGAGUUACUUUUCUAAAGAUUUGGAAACUUCCAUUAUUUUUUUUUCUUUAGCCUCAUGAAUUGUGAUGCAUUCAGCGUGGCAUUAUGGCCAUGUGCAUUGGGAAGUUUCACUAUGGGCUUCUCUUCCUCAGCCUGCUUAUUUUUAUAUCAGGCAACAAUUUUAGCAAUUCCUUCUCUCUGGAAGAGGUAGUCCCAGAAAAAUUUGCAGCUCUACAUAGCGUUUUGCAUCCAUUAGAUAUCAAUGGAAGAAACAGUGUACUUGGCAUUGAGCAUUCUUUUUUGUCUGGAGAUAAUUCUUUGUCUUGUGAAGGGGUUCUGAAAGGGGUUGGUUCAUUAAACACUACUUGUCAGCUUAAUACAAGUUUGGUCUUUCACACUGAUAUCAGCAUUUCAGGACAAGGAAAUCUACAGAUCCUAUCACAUGUCACUGUCAAAUGUCCAGUUGCAGGCUGUCAGAUUAGUAUUAAUAUUUCAGGCGAUUUAAAGUUAGGUCAACAUGCAUCUGUUGUAGCAGGAACCAUAAUUGUAGAUGCCCAAAAUGUGUCUUUGGAAGAUAGCUCAACUUUAAAUACCACUGCUUUAGGGGGGCCACCACCUGAACAGACUAGUGGGACUCCACAUGGUGUUGAAGGUGCUGGUGGAGGGCAUGGAGGGAGAGGUGCUUCUUGUGUUAAAGGAAAGGGAGAUAAUUGGGGUGGAGAUGUGUAUGCCUGGUCUUCUCUUAAUAAACCUUGGAUUUUUGGAAGUAGGGGUGGGACUACUUCAAUUGACAAAGACCUUGGUGGUGGAGGAGGGGGACGCAUCAUAAUCCUCGCAAAAGGUAUUGUAGAUGUGAAUGGAACCAUAAGUGCAGAGGGAGGAAAUGCGGGCUCUAAUGGUGGAGGAGGUUCAGGAGGCAGCAUUAUUAUCCACUCUUCAAAACUGAAGGGGAUAGGAAGUGUUAGUGCUUCUGGAGGUACUGGAUUUGCUGGAGGUGGUGGGGGGAGGAUUGCCAUUGAUUGUUAUAGCAAGCAGGAGAGUGUGAAAAUCAUGGUGCACGGAGGAAGCAGUAUUGGAUGUCCAGGCAAUGCAGGUGCUGCAGGGACCAAGUUUGAUACGGUCCUUCGAAGUCUAAUUGUUAGCAAUGACAAUAGGUCAACACUUACAGGCACACCUCUGCUGGAUUUUCCCGCCUACCCUCUCUGGACAAAUUUUUAUGUUGAAAGUCAUGCAAAAGUUGUUGUCCCUUUAUAUUGGGGUAGGGUCCAGGUGCGAGGCCAGAUCAGUUUGUUGUAUGCAGCAUCUCUCAGCUUUGGGCUAGAAGAUUACCCAUUUUCAGAAUUUGAAUUGAUGGCAGAAGAGCUUUUAAUGAGCGAUUCCACAAUAAAGGUAUAUGGAGCAUUGCGAAUGUCUGUAAAAAUGUUGCUAAUGUGGAAUUCAAAACUGGAAAUUGAUGGUGGAGGAGAUACAAUGGUUGGCACUUCUCUUUUGGAGGCAAGCAAUCUUAUGGUUCUUAGGGAACAAUCAGUUAUAACUUCCAAUGCAAAUUUAGGUGUUCAUGGACAAGGUCGACUGAACUUAACAGGAGAAGGAGACACUAUACGAGGACAACGGCUUUUCUUAUCUCUCUUCUAUGUUAUCUAUGUUGGGGUAGGGUCAAUCCUAAAGGCACCUUUGGACGAAGAACCAAGAAGUGAUUUGACCCCAAAGCUACAUUGUGAAAGUGAAACUUGUCCUAAUGAUCUGAUUUAUCCUCCUGAAGACUGUAAUGUAAAUGCCUCGUUGCCUUUCACACUCCAGAUAUGUCGUGUGGAAGAUAUCAUUAUAGAUGGGCUUGUGAAAGGUAGUAUUCUUCAUGUUCACAGAGCCAGAACGGUGAUAGUCAGGCCCAGUGGCUCUAUAACUGCAUCGGAAUUAGGUUGCAAAGGAGGAGUUGGUAAAGGAGAGUCUGUAAGCAGUGGGGCAGGAGGUGGGGGUGGUCAUGGUGGAAAGGGUGGCUCUGGAAUCUUUAACGAUCGGGUUAGUAGAGGUGGGGUGGUAUAUGACAAUGGAGAUCUACCCUGUGAGUUAGGCAGUGGAGGUGGUGGCAGCAAUUCAUCUUUAGAACAGAGGACUGCAGGAGGUGGUAUAAUUGUGAUGGGUUCCAAGGAACAUCCAUUGUGGAAGUUGGACAUCUUUGGAUCUGUAAAAGCAGAUGGAGAAAGUUUGGAAUCAGAGACAGAAGAUCGAAUCACAGAAAUGGCUGGUGGAUCUGGUGGUGGUUCUGGUGGAACUCUUCUUUUGUUUUUACAGACACUUACACUAGGUAACAAUUCCUUCCUUUCUAGUGCUGGGGGCCACGGAGGUCGUGUUGGUGGUGGAGGUGGUGCUGGUGGAAGGGUACAUUUUCAUUGGUCAGGCAUUCCUACUGGAGAUGAAUAUGUUCCAAUUGCAAAUGUUAAUGGCACAAUUUAUACGAGGGGAGGAAAUGGAAGUGACCAUGGAAUUUCUGGGGGCAAUGGCACUGUUACUGGAAAAGAAUGCCCAAAAGGACUCUUUGGUUUAUUUUGUGUGGAAUGUGCGAUUGGUACAUACAAAGAUGUGAAUGGAUCAGAUGAUUUGUUUUGUGUUCCUUGUCCCCCAGAAUUACUUCCAUAUCGUGCAGAACACAUAUACGUUCGUGGUGGUGUAACUGAAUCUUUCUGCCCAUAUCAGUGUAUCUCAGGCAAUUAUCGAUUGCCCAAUUGCUAUACACCACUUGAAGAACUGAUAAAUGCACUAGGAGGCCCCUGGCUUUUUGGACUUCUCCUUUCUGGCCUUCUGGUGCUUCUAGCUCUUGUUUUAAGUGUUGCACGGAUGAAAUUUGUUGGAAGUGAUGACUUUUCUGGUCCAACUACUCCACAUGAAUCACAAAUCCAACAUUCUUUCCCUUUCCUUGAGUCAUUGAAUGAGGUCCUUGAAACCAACCGAGCAGAGGAGUCUCAGAGUCAUGUGCACAGGAUGUAUUUUAUGGGUCCGAAUAACUUCGGUGAACCAUGGCAUUUACCGCACUCACCACCUGAUCAAAUUAUGCAGCUUGUAUAUGAAGAUGCUUUCAACAGAUUUGUUGAUGAAAUCAACUCUUUGGCUGCAUACCAAUGGUGGGAGGGAUCUGUAUAUAGCAUUCUCUCAGUGCUUGCAUAUCCAUUUGCUUGGUCAUGGCAACAAUGGCGCCGGAGGAAAAAAGUUCAACGUCUUCGUGAAUUUGUCCGAUCUGAGUAUGAUCAUGCAUGCUUGCGUUCCUGCCGAUCAAGAGCUCUAUAUGAAGGGCUCAAGGUGGCUGCAACUCCAGAUUUGCUGGUGGCAUAUGUUGAUUUUUUCCUUGGAGGUGAUGAAAAGCGGUCAGAUCUUCCUCUACGUCUACAGCAAAGAUUUCCUUUGUGCAUCAUUUUUGGAGGGGAUGGAAGUUACAUGUCUCCUUACUGUAUUCAUAGUGAUAAUCUUCUCACAUGCCUGAUAGGACAGGUUGUACCAGCUACCACAUGGUAUAGACUGGUUGCUGGAUUAAAUGCACGGUUGCGUACAGUGCGGCAAGGUUGCAUUCGCAGCACAUUAGUGCCAGUAAUUGAAUGGCUUGGGACUCAUGCGAACCCUAGGCUCAGCCUACAUGGUAUGAGGGUCGACCUUGGUUGGUUUCAGGCCACUUCAUCUGGAUACUACCAGCUUGGUCUUUUUGUAAAUGCUCCAGAAGAUGUUUCUCCACCCAGUUUUCUUCCAGACAUGAAAAGUAACAUGAAGAGUAGCCACAACCCUCAACAAUGGCAAGGCAAUCAACUGUACACACCUCUCAGCUUACCACGCAGAAGGAUAGGUGGAGGAAUAAGCGGAGGAAUUAUCAAUACAUUUACACUGCAAUCUCUGGACUAUAGAAAGGAUAUUUUUUUCCCGCUCUCUCUAAUUUUACAUAAUACACGACCAAUUGGUCAUCAGGAUCUUGUGGGAUUAUUAAUCUCAAUUUUGCUUUUAGGAGAUUUUAGUUUAAUGUUACUUAUACUACUCCAGUUCUACUCAAUUUCUCUGGGGGCUUUUUUUGUGGUCCUCCUAUUUCUUCCUCUAGCAUUGUUGUCACCAUUCCCUGCUGGUAUCAAUGCUUUGUUUAGCCAUGGACAUCGAAGAUCAGCAGGUCUAGCUCGUGUUUAUGCAUUGUGGAAUGUCACAUCUCUUGUGAAUGUUGCGGUGGCUUUGAUGUGUGCAUUUUUGCAUUACAGAUUUCAGUCUUCAUAUGGUGGGAUGCACAGAUUUCAUUCAUGGAAUGCUAGUUCAAGGGAUCAGCAAAUAAAAUCUGUUCUCUCCUUUUCUGUGGAGGAGAGUGGAUGGUGGAUUUUCCCAACGGUACUUUUUAUCUGUAAAUGUGUACAAGCUCGCUUGGUGGAUUGGCAUAUUGCCAAUUUGGAAGUUCAAGAUCGCACCUUGUAUAGUAGUGAUCCGGUAGAAUUCUGGGAGUCUUGAGCUAUAUACCCAUAGGGCCAUAUGUAACAAGCUUCAAAGUUUUCAAUUUCUUAAGCAGCGGUAGAUAUUUAGUUUUUCACAAAGCUUGGCUUUCAAUGUGUUACAUCAUUUGCGUUCACAUACUAUUUUAAGGAGCAUAUUCUAUCAGAGGCAUUUUUGCCCAUUUGUAAAAGAGGGUUGGGAAACUCGGGUGAUUAGGAACUAAACUUCUUGACAUUUAUGGUGCCACAGUGUAGAUGUUAUUCAGAGAUCUGCACUGUUAAAUAUAUAUGCCAUUAGUGUGAAAAGAUAGGCACAUAAUGUAAAUAUCAUUUUGAUUAAUGAAGUGAAUGCUUUCAUUCUUUGACAAAAGCAAAUCCUAACACUUUACUGUUGUCCAAUUCAAGUUAUCACAAUUUUGCAUGAUGUCUUCA